UCCCCCGUGUAAGAGUGAGGUGGAGGAGGACAUUCCAGGAGAUGUCACCACAGAAAUCCCCAGUAGCAAUUCUGAGGAAAACUUCAUGUUAUCUCUAGAAGAUGAAGAUAUCAUGGAGAACUUUACAGAACAAAACCUCAUUACCCCUAAUGUUUAUCCAGGACGUCACAGUACAAAUCUUUCAUAUAAUCCCCCUAAUUAUAAAGGACCAUCUUCUGAUCAAUCACUGAUUGUAACCACAAGUACAGCUCAGAAAGGAGGUGAAAGGUUUCAUUGUGAUAAAGAGUCCACAAAAAGCUCAGGUCUUUCUACACACAGAGGAAUUCUCACAGGAGAGAAGCCAUACUCCUGCUCAGAAUGUGGGAAAUGUUUUAAACUGAAAACACAUUUUGUUAUACAUGAGAGACGCCACACAGAAGAGAAGCCAUAUUCAUGUUCAAAAUGUUGGAAAUGCUUUACACAGAAAUGGCAUCUUGUUAAACAUGAGAGAAUUCACACAAGGGAGAAGCCAUAUUCAUGUUCAGAAUGUGGGAAAUGUUUUACAUAUAAUUCACAACUAGUCAAACAUGAGAGAAGUCACACAGGAGAGAAGCCAUAUUCAUGCCCAGAAUGUGGGAAAUGUUUUACACAAAAAUCAGCUCUUGUUAGACAUGAGAAAAGUCACACAGGAGAGAAGCCGUUUCCAUGUUCAGAAUGUGGAAAAUGUUUUACACAGAAAUCAGAUCUUGUUAGACAUGAGAAAAGUCACACAGGAGAGAAGUCAUAUUCAUGUUCAGAAUGUGGGAAAUCUUGUACACAGAAAUCAGAUCUACUUAAACAUGAGAAAAUUCACACCGGGGCAAAGCCGUUUUCAUGUUUAGAAUGUGGGAAAUGUUUUACACAGAAAUCAAAUCUUGUUGCACAUGAAAGAAUUCACACGAGAGAGAAAGCAUAUUCAUGUUCAGUAUGUGGGAAAUCUUUUAGACAAAAAUCAGAUCUACUUAAACAUGAGAAAAUUCACACCGGGGCAAAGUCGUUUUCAUGUUCAGAAUGUGGGAAAUGUUUUACACAGAAAUCAAAUCUUGUUAUACAUGAGAGAAUUCACACAUCAGAUAAGUCACAAAGGAGAGAAGCUGUUUUCAUGCUCAAAAGGUAAGAAGCGCUUUUCAGAUAAAUAAAAU